UCCAUUUCCAGUAAUUUCUACGGGCAACAAAACCUGCGGCAACAGUCGAGAGGCUUCCAGAAGUUAGCACAUGCGUUUCAAACACAUUACACAUCCUGCCUGAGUCGGCCGUGUCAGUGGUUUUCAUCUGAAUAUCUGUGUUUACUCUGAAUCAACAUGGCGAAGUGGGGAGAAGGAGACCCUCGCUGGAUCGUGGAGGAGAGAGCGGAUGCCACAAACGUCAACAACUGGCAUUGGACGGAGAGGGACGCCACAAACUGGUCAUCAGAGAAGCUGAAGGAGCUGCUCAUGGGGCUGCAGGUGGAGAGUGAAGAAGGCAAGUGCGAGAUCACAGAGGUCAGCCAGGUGGAGGGAGAGGCAUCCAUCAACAACCGCAAAGGAAAGCUUAUCUUUUUCUAUGAAUGGAAUCUGAAGGCCACCUGGACAGGGACAUCAAAAUCAGACAUUAAAUACAAGGGGAACAUUGAAGUUCCAAACCUUUCUGAUGAAAAUGACAUAGAUGAACUUGAUAUCAGCGUUAGUCUUUGUAAAGAUGAGCCAGAAACUGCGCUGCUUUCUCUGAUGAGGGGAGAGGGUGCCAGUAAAGUUCGUACAGUGCUGGCUAGCUACGUUGGACUUCUCAAAACAGAGUUCACACAAGGCAUGAUCCUGCCCACAGCCAAUGGCAUGACAAAUCAGCAGACAGAGACAGCCCAAGCACCAACCAAGGCAAGCAGAACCCAGAUUGGCUCAUGUAACUCCGCGCAACCUCCUUCUAGCACAGGGGUAAAGAUCCCCACUUGCAAGUUUUCACUAAAGGACACUUUCCUCACCUCACCUAAAGAGCUUUACAGGGUUUUCCUCAAUCAAGAGAUGGUUCAGGCUUUCACACGCAGUGGUGCUGUGGUUGAGGGUGAGAAAGGUGGGAAGUUUUGCCUGUUGGACGGAAACGUGAACGGCGAGUUCCAGGAGCUGGUACCUGAGGAAAAGAUAGUCAUGAAAUGGAGGUUCAAUUCAUGGCCUUGCGAGCACUACGCGAUGGUGACAUUGACAUUCAUUGACAAGGGUAAUGAGACGGAGUUAAAGAUUGAGUGUCGGGCAGUUCCCGAGAGUGAAGAGGAACGAACACGAGAUGGCUGGCAGAGGUACUACUGCCAUGCCAUUAAACAGACAUUUGGCUACGGUGCACAACUCUUCUGAGCUCAGGAUGUAGCCACCACUGUUUUUGGUUUGUUUGUUUUAUUGUUUUUAUUUCCCUUCGUUUUGGUCCAUGUACAAAUGAGAGAUUCUGAAUGUUAAUCUACUGAACAGCAGACAUCACAUUACUCCAUUAUCAACAUGUUCCUGUCUGAUUUUGAUGCUUGCAGUAAAUAAAGUGAAAACCUUGAAAAAUCUAAACUGAAAGAGAUGAAAAGAGGCAGAGGGGAGACUUAAGUAAUGAAAUAUCUGUGUGUGUAAAAUAGUUCUUAUUUUAACAUGGUAACUUUCUGAUGGCAUUCCUGUCCUGUGAGGUUCAGGGUGGAAAUUUAUGCACUGGGUGGUUUUUGAGAAGUUAAAGGGAUAGUACCCAAAAACAAAAACUGUCAUCAUUUUGUGACCCUCGUGUUGUUCCAAAGGCUUUUUUUCAUUGAAAUGCAAAAGGUGAAGACAGGCAGAAUGAUUCAGUGAGAGUAAAUGCUGAUUGGAGGUGACACUCGCUAUAACAUUCUGCCUAGGGCUGGGUAUCGCCAGCCACCUCACGAUACGGUACAUAUUGCGAUACACAUCACGGUUCAAUAUAUAACGCGAGACAUCAGGAUAUCAUGAUUAGAUUUCGCAUUUAUUUAUUUGUUUUAUUUUAAAUUAUAAUGUACAUUUUUCUUACAGUAUGAAGUAAAUUAUCUUUUAGCUAAUGCUGUUAUUCAUUAUACAGGGGCCCUUCAAACUUGUUAAAUUACAGACAUAUCAAUUGUACUAAUUAUAUUUGAUCAGUUUUUCAUCAUUUUGGUGACUUUAUAUAUAUAUUUUUUUUUAAUAUAGGCCAUGUAUUACAUCAAUAAAUAUGAUGUAUUGAAAUUGCAUAUAUUAUAGUGAAUAUAUACAGUAUAUUGUUACAUGUUUGUUGUUUACGUGCCUAAUUUGUACUAUUUAGAAUUAUUUACUUGGCUAUGUAGACAAGUGCUGAAGUCUUUUUUUUACCUGUGGCAGGGACUUUUGACAGUAGUUUUUUUGAGGGGAGGGGGUGUGAACGAACAGCUUUACAGCAUCCAUGAUAUGUGAGAUUAGAAUUAAAUGUUUCUUAUGUUGUUUUUGAUAAAUAACUAAGUGUAGAGAACAGAAAUGAUAUGAAACGAGACAUUAUUUAACAACAAAUGGUUUGCUUGGAUUUUUAUUUGAACUCGCAUCACACUGAUAAAAGAUCUCGCUGCUGAACUUCUUCGCCACUUCUCAAACACUAGUGAGUGAAAUCUAAAGACAUUCUUUGUAGCAUAUGGGAAGCAUUUACACACAUCUGAUUGUAGGGGAUUGCAAAUUGAAAGAAAGAACAUUCUUGGCAUUUUAAGAAUUGACAUUGGGAUCGUACAAAUAAAGACGAUGUCUUGGCUGGCCCUAGAUACAAACAUGUGAGAAAGGUCCAGCAUGUUUGAGAGAGAAACCGUAAAUCCUCGUUGAAGCAUCUCUGACUGCACUGAAAAUAUCACGAUACAUUGAUCUAUAUCGAUAAAAUAUCACAAGAUAUUGAUAUUUGAUUGCAUCGACAAAGCCUUAAUUCUGCCUAACAUCUCCUUUGGUGUUCCGUGGGAAAAUUUACAGCCCUGCAGGUUUAGAACGAAAUGAGGGUGAGAAAAUUAUGACAGAAUUUGAUUUUCUGGGGGUUAACUAACCUUUUUAAGGGGGUUACUUUUUCAAACUUAUUUAAAAUUGGACCUUAUAAAGACAGUUUGGAGAAGGAAAAAUAAAUAAAGAUAUUUUCAGACCACUAAAUAAGUUUCUUUCUGAUUGUUUGAGAGAAGGAAUUGGACAGAAUUGUGGCUUUCUUCAUGUAAAUUUUUUUGUCAUAUCAAAUUUAGUAUUAUGGAAUAUAUGGAUUUUUACUCAGCAAUUUCUAUUCACCAAGAAUAAUACAAGUUUCAGGAACCUUUUGUGUCAAACAGAAAUAUUAAAAAUCAUAUAA